CCAAAAUAAUAUUUGCAAAAUUUUCCUGACCUCUCAACGAAAUUGAAAUUUUGGAAUCUCAAAGAGGAACACAGAACAGUAAAGAAACAACAAAAAAAUUUGCAGUGGGAAGCUUCGAUUUUUUCAUGUUAUGGCUUUGAACUUCUUCUCCGCUUCUCUUCACCCAAUUUCAAAUCCUUCUUCUUCUUCUCAUCGAUUCAAUCAGAAACACCUCCUUUCCCCAACACGUGUCCGCUCUGAGAGGAACGAAAUCGGCGUCACUGACAACGACAACAACAACGAUCCUUCUUCAUCUUCCUUCUCCGGUUCUUCUUCAACUUCAUCUUCUUCAUCAGUACGCACACAACUAGAUCUCCUUGAACAGCUAACUUCAACAAGUGAAGGGUACUUGAGUGAUGGUGGUGGUGGUGGUAGCUUGAGGGGACUUACUAUACGUGACCAACUGGCUGGACUUGUUGGUGACAGAGACGAUGAUUUCUCCAUUCCCUUAGGCAAAAACUUAAAGAAAGUGAGUCCUAAAUUCUUAACCACUUCUCAGAAAAGGAACAUUAAGAGACAAAGCUACCUUAAUGAGGUCUCUCGCAGGAAUGAUUCUGUUUUCUUUGCUACUAUUGGCGCCUUUGUACUCCUUCCUCCUUUAGUGAUUCUAGCCAUUGCUAUCUUAACUGGCUACGUUCAACUCUUCCCAUAAGUAUUAAAGUUUAAACACUUUUGUCAAAAAAACAAAAUUGCAUAUAGCAGGAGUUGCUUGUAAUUACAUUUGAAAUAAUAUCCAGUAAUGAACAUAGCUUGAUCUUA